AUGGACAACAGGGCUGGGGCGGAGAAGAGCGGGGAGGGGGUACGGGCGGGGGUUGCGUGCGAGGGGUGCGGGUGCCCCGGGCCCACCCGGGCGCGGGGAGAGCCGUCGGGACGGGACGGGCUGGUGGCGGAGCGGGCGCGGGGUCCCGGGCGGCGGCGGGGAACAAAAGUCAGGCGAGACGCCUGGUCGGCUAAUUCAGUGAAAGGCGCGUCCCCGUGUGUCGUGUGUGUGUCCCCGUCCUCCUCCCCGUGGGAAGGUCACUGUCGCGGGCUGCGCACCACGCAGCCCCCGGCCCCGCCGGCCGCGCCGACGGGGCGCGCCCGUCGCCGCUCCUCACGCCGGUGGGCAGCCCCGGUCCUGACACGUCCCGAGGGCUCUGUGCUUUCUCCGCUUCCCAAAACUCCGCGGGCCCGAGGCCACCGGCGGCGGGCCGGAAACAGCGGGGCAGUCCGACCCCGCCGGGGCGCUCCUUGCCCGCCCCCUCUCGCCGCGGGCGCUCCCCGUAGCCUGCCUCGGGUGGAGGCAGCCCGCCUUCCGCGGAGGGGCCGUCCGCCCCGGGGGCGGGCGGCCGAACUCCCCUGGGACCUGGCUCGAGCCGGGGCCGGAGCGCAGGAGGCUGGGGGCUCCGAGCCGGCCCCGGCCCCCGGCGUACCCCGGGGACAGGGCAGCCCUCGGGGCAGCCCUCGGAGACGAUUCCCGGGCCGGGAACCCACCUCCCUCCACCCAGCGGACGGCCCAGCCCCGCCGCCCCGGGCUCUCCACCGCCUGGCCCUAUUACCGCGCCCCGCGGCGGCAGCGCGCUCGGGGUCCCCGUCGGGGCGCAGAGCGGCGGCGGCGGCGCGGCCCGCCCGUGGGACACCUCGGCGCUGCCUCCGCUCGGGGAGCGGGCAGCCUCCGCCCGGCGGGGCGGCGGGCUCGGGCCUCGCUCCUCCCGCCAAACGGGGAUCCCGGAUCGACCGGGGGUCGGGGGUACAGGGCGGCCGCGGCCAGUCCGGGCCGGGCAGGGCAGGGCCGGGCAAGAGCAUCAGGAGCCUCCCGCCACCCCGGGGCUGCCCCGCAGGGCGUCCCGAGAGGGGCGGGCGCGGCGGGGCCGGGUCUCCCCGGCCCUCUCCAAGCCGCUCGGCGUGCCGGGUUGCGCGGAGCAGGUGCACAGGGAGAGCGGGGGCCGCGGCGAGCCGGGGCGGCGGGGCGCAGGCCGGGGGCGCGGGGGCCGGGGCAGACAGGGGUAGGGCUGGCGCUCCCGCCGGCCGCCUCCCUCCCCGGGCUGUCUCCGUGCCGCCCGGGCGGGCGCCGCGCCCGCGGCCGGAGAGCCGAGCGCUGCCUCCGGAGCCGGCGCCGCCGCCCCAGGGGCCGCUCGGGGGGGAGCCCCGCUCCGCCCGGCGGGGAUGCAGCCAGACAGGGCCCGGCGGCGCGACGCGGCGGCCCCUCACGGGGUCCCCCCCGGGGCCUCCCCCGGCGCGGCCGCCUCGCCGGGGCGGCCCCGCCGUGGCCCGCGGGGGCGGCCGGCAGCCGGGCCCCCUCUUGGAGACCUCCAUGCGCAACGCGGACCGGCGGGCGGGAGAGCCCCGCCGCCACCGCCUGCCGCCGCCCGCCGGGGCCCCGACGGCGGCGGGACGGCGGCGGGGGCUGCAGGCGGGAGCCGCCCCCGGCGCGGGGCCGCCCCUCCCGCCUCCUCCCGCCCGCGGCGGCGGCGCGGGGAGCGGCGGGGAGCGGCGGGGCGCACGCGCGCCCGCCCGGGGUCCGGCCCCGCGGCGGGGCGCGCGGCGGCGCGGGGCGCGGGGGCGGCGCGGGGCGCGGGGGCGGCGCGGGGGCGGUGCAGGGCCGGGGCGGGGGCCGGGGGGGCGGGCAGGCGACCCUCCGUGCCCGCCGGGGCCGCCCCCGGGCGCGGCGGUGGCGGCGGCGGUGGCGGCGGCGGCGGCGGCGGCGGCGCGCUCGUCCCCGCCGGGCGGUCUCCGGCAAGGCCAGCGGCGGCCGGGCGCGCCUCGCCUGCAGCCGGAGCCAUUCAUCCCCCGCCCCUUUGUUCGCCCUGAGAGUAACGCCGUGAAUUAA